GUUUGGAGAGGUUAACAUCAUUAACUCAUUUGACAAAAGUGAGCCAUUUUCUUGGUUGCCCACUAACCCUAACCUUUCCUCCCCUUUCUGAUCUAAUGCUAUUCCCUUUCUCUCUGUCUCUCUCUCUCUCUUCUUUUGGGUGGGCACCAAUACUAUCCAUUCUUUUUCUCUCUAAUGCUAGUGGUUCUCUCUCUUUGUCUCUCUCUCUUGCAGUUAUAUGCUUCAACUUUUUUUUAGGGUUAUACAGGUUAACAGCUAAACAAGGGUAAAAGUUUUAGCAUGGGGAGAGAUGGACAAAGAAAUUAACCAAGAAACCUCAUCUCUCCUCCCUAACAACAACAACAACACCACCACCACCACCACCACCAUUAAGGAAGACUCUCCAAGAAAACCGUUUACGCCACCUCCUCCUGCUGCUGCCGCUACUGGUGGUAGCAGUGAUAGACUGAAAAGAGAUGAGUGGAGUGAAGGAGCAGUUUCAAGCCUUCUUGAAGCCUAUGAAACCAAAUGGGUUCUCCGAAACCGAGCCAAGCUCAAGGGCCAUGACUGGGAAGAUGUUGCGCACCAUGUUUCAUCGCGUGCCAAUUGUACCAAGUCGUCCAAGACGCAGACACAGUGCAAGAACAAGAUUGAGUCAAUGAAGAAAAGGUAUCGGUCAGAGUCUUCCACUGCUGAUCCCUCAUCAUGGCCACUAUACCCACGUCUCGACCUUUUGCUGCGUGGAAGUGGUCCAUUACAAGUUCCUCCACCACCACCUCCUCCGACUCCGGCGUCUCAUCCGCCUCCGCCUAAUGCUCCUUUAAUGUUGCUAGAGCCAUCCCCAGUAGCGGUGCAACCACCACCUCCGCAACUUGGAGUUGCUCAAAACUCGCAUGGAUCCAAUGGUAUUGAUAGGGUGGCCAAGGAAGAUGGAGCAGGAACCAAAUUAUCAGACCAAGUGUCGGACAAGAACCAUAUGGAAACAGACAGUAGCACACCAGCCCUUUAUAGUGACAAGGACAAGUCAAGGUCCAAAAAGAUGAAAAUGAAAAUGGAAAAGAAGAAGAGAUCAAGAAGGAGGCCGGAGGAAACGGAGAUAGCCGAGAGCAUACGAUGGCUAGCAGAAGUAGUGGUGAGAUCGGAACAAGCAAGGAUGGAGACGAUGAGGGAAAUAGAGACGAUGAGAGUUGAAGCCGAGGCAAAGAGAGGAGAAAUGGACCUCAAAAGAACAGAAAUUAUUGCCAAUACCCAGUUAGAGAUCGCUAGGCUCUUUGCAGGAGUUGGCAAAGGUGUUGAUUCUUCAUUGAGAAUUGGCAGAAGUUGAUGAUUACUAUGAGUAGAAUCCCAAGUAUUUUAUAAGUAGUAUAGAUUAUUAUGGACUCGUGUAUUAACACUGAAAGAUCAGGAAUUAAAAGAAGGGAACUUUUACUUGGAGAUGAAUGGUCUUGAAGGAGAUUUAACUACUUGUACUAUUAGGAUAAAUGAUUAAAGAAAAUAUCAUAAGGUAGGUAGCUAAAAUAACAUCUCUACCUAACUGUAAUGUUCUCUUUCCUCGAGCAAUAAUACAGUGUUGUUUACACAUGCAAAA